AUGACGUCUCCCUUCCCUCUCUUCCAUGUCCCAACCCUCCCGCUGAGAAUAAUUAUCGAUUUUAUGGAGCCCAAUGAAUUAGUACCGCUGUCUUUCUGCUCUCAGAAAAGCCACUCUGUCAUUAAAUCUCAACGAAAAGUGUCAUGUGACGAACGUCUGCAAGUUUGGGGAUCCAAUAUGAAUGCAUCGUUCUCUCCAUUCACAGAUUUCGACUGUGUGCUGAGUACAAGUAACUCUGUACAUACCUCAAGUGCUGAAAAAGAGGAAUAUGUGAAAUUGGGUGGACAACAAAUACGAGUCAAAUAUCACCGUUUAAGGAAAUAUUUAAUAACGUAUUGGGAGGAUAAACUGACUGGACUGGAAGCUAUCACCGAUUAUGUGACCGAUCUAUUCAAUAUUGAUGUAUCAGAAGUCUAUAUCUCUAAAGAUUCAUUCAAAAUGAUUGAAUGGGUGAGCAGUAGACAAAAGACACCAUUGAAAAAAGUCGUUUACAUGGCCUGGAGUGGUUGCCCAUCGGAAGAUGAAAUGAAUUAUAUUCUGAGCAAUUGCCAGUGUUCGUCUCAAAUACUCCUAUACUCAGAUGCUCCGCCUAACUUUCGUUUCUCAAAUAACUUCCGCAGAAUCGAUUGUUUAGAUAUCAGUAAUUCCAACUGGGUAACAAUCGAUAACCUAUUGAGCAUGGAUGGGAUCGAUAUUGUUUUAGAAUCAUCUAGUCUAUCUAAUAGGAAUUUAAAUGUCUUCCUCCGGCAUUGGCUGUCUGGUGGAUGCUCUCGAUUGAAGUUAUUCAGCGCCGAAACUGGUUCCGUGGAUCUCUUACAAGUACUUGAUGGUUUACUUCAUAAUGCCGUUUUUGUGGAGAAUCGUCGAGACUACAAUAGCCCAUUUGGAUACAGGAGAACUUUGUCAUAUGGAAUCGAUAUACGACGUGCGGAUGGCGUCAGUGCUACAGUGUGCGGACAGGCGGACGGAACUUUGGUUAUUGCUGUUUGGCCAGAGACCACUUAUAAUUAA